AUGGACUACUUGAAAACUUAUACUGGAUCAAACGCAGCUUUCGUAGCAGCAACCAUUUUAUUGUCUUUCCUUACCAUAUAUGUGAUCUAUCAAAGAUUUUUUCAUCCGCUGUCCAAGUAUCCUGGGCCAUUUCUUGCCUCUCUCACGAACGGAUGGAAUGGUUAUUAUAUCUACAAGCUGACCCAGCAUGAACAACUUCUCAAUGCGCAUAUCAAAUAUGGCCCUGUUGUAAGGAUUGGACCUAAUGCCCUACACUUCUGGAACGCGGAAGCUAUAUCUCCAAUUUACAAGUCAGGGAGACAGAUGGCCAAGACAGAAUUUUACGAUGGCUUCACUGCAUUUAAGCCAAAUUUGUUCGGCGGCAGGGAUGAAGAUAUACACUCCCUACGCCGAAGACAGCUAUCACAUGGAUUCUCGCAAGCUUCCAUAUGGAAGAUGGAGCCAUUGAUUGAUGGCCAGAUGGAGAUACUCGCUGAGAAGCUGAAGAAACUAGCCCAGAAGCAGGAGAUAUUCGAUUUCAAACACCUAAUAUCGUUUUAUGUAUUCGAUAUCCUAGGCGAUGUUGCUUUUGGUCGCUCCUUCAAUACUCAAAUAAGCGAGGUAGCCCCUGAGAUCCCAGCUAUCAGCGACCAUAUUCUUCUCUCGAGUCUCCUCGGCACCUUUCCGUUUCGUUCUUUCUUCAGGAGCAUCAUUCCUAUGCUGCCUAUCCCCAGGCUCCGCCAGUUAAUAGAGAGCAGAGGUAAACUUAAGGAGACCUGCGCCGACUGUGUGGAAACGAGGAGACGACAGUCAUCUUCUAGCCGUUUGGAUCUAAUGCAGCACCUGUUGGACGCUAAGGAUCCAGAGACCGGAGCCAAGCUAACAGACCUAGAGAUCAAUUCGGAGGCAAUUGCUGGAUCCCAUUCGACCUCGGGGAGUCUAAGCCUGUUGUUCUGGCACUUGCUUCACGACGAUCAAGCUUUGAAACGAGUCGAUAAAGAAAUUCGAGACACUCUUGGCGACCUUCCAGACGAUAGGGUUUCCUAUCCUAUUAAGGGCCUCGAGUCCUCGCUAAGCUAUACUGGGGCCUGUAUCCAAGAGAGCUUUAGAAUAAGUCCUGUUUUCACCAUGUGCUUGUGGCGGCGCGUUCUCGACCCCGGAGGAGUUGAUAUAGAUGGCUAUCACAUUCCGCAAAACACCAACGUAUCUAUUUCGAAUUUCGCACUACAUCACAAUCCCAAAAUCUGGGGACCGGAUACGGAAGACUUCUCACCCGAGCGAUUCCUCGAAGCCGGCGGAAAGACGAUGGCGAAUAAUCUCCUCCCAUUUAGUAUCGGGCACCGUAUGUGCAUCGGGAAACACCUGGCCAUGACGAAUAUUUGGAAGACGUUGACUGCAUUAAUCAAUAAGUUUGAGUUUCACCCAGUAUCCGCAGAACGACGGGUUGAGAUGGAAAGUUCGGGCAUUGGAGAGAUGAAAGGGCCGUUUCUUUGCACAGUGACGAUGAAACGCUGAGCCGUCGAAAGGAUACGACAUAUUUAACAAGGAUGAAGCGUGUAAACUAAGAGUAACGUGUCAUGAUGGUAUCUCAACUAAGAUUGUCAACAAAAAUCUUCUAGUUACGGCCUUAAUUGGUUUAUUAGCCACCUAAUAUGAUACUAGAAAGUCUCCUGUCCCAUAUUUACGGCCUCAAAACGUAGAAUUAGAUCUGCUAGAUGGCUCAUAUCCGACUUAUCUAGCUUCUGUUGCGGGAUACAAAAGCCAGAGUCUGGAAGGAGGCUGCCAGAAGGAUAUGGAUAUGGAUUUAUUUCCGAAUUGGCCGUGUUUAGUUGAAGCCUUGCCAACGCAGCGAAUUCGGGUGCCUGUUGCAUAAAUAGUCCCUCUCCUGAGCACGUAUCUAUGCGUAUAUUGCAUGCCUGCAAUCGGUACAUAUUCCACUCCCAGAUGUCCUCCCAUCUAUAUAUUGCCUUAAGGAGUGGCUGAGUAUCAGAUGGAGCGAAAACUGAUAGUGUUCGUUGAUGGUAUACCAAAGCAAGAAGAGCUAUAA